ACCAGUAUGGAAAAAACAAUUUUUGCCACAUUUCACUAAAAGAUGUCAUUCAUCAUCGCAUCAAAAUUCCAAUUAUGAGUCCCACAGUACCACAAUACAAGAUCUUGGUGCACGAAAACACUAUCAGCAUUCUCACUAAGUACACUUUUCAUUUAAAAAAUGGUUUCCAGAAUACUCGUCUCAGCCCCAGCUCCGAUUCCCAUAACGCUCCCUCAAUCUUGGAAACUUGGAGCAUUCAACAGAAAGACUUUGGGAAGAACUUCAAAGAACCAAUUGAGAAAUUAUAGCAAAUUUUCCAGGAGUAGUUGUCCACCAAAGCCAGAUGCAAAAAAAUGUCCCCAACCAAUCGAGGACGUUUGCGAGCCACCCAAUGAAAAAUCCGGCAAACGCGAAACAGGCCCAGAGGUCACUCCUUGUAGUCCAGAAUGCCGAAAGGGGACUCCGAAUUUACCUCCUCGCGGUUGCCUACCAUGGGAAAAAGGGGCUGAAUUAUGUCCAGAAAAAGAACCAACAAGAAAAUUAAUUAGUGCCACUUGUGAACACUUGUGCCAACCUUAUGUCGGACAAGGCAUCAUUGACAAAUUAAAAGUAUCCGCGUGCGAGUACCGAAGAUUUGAGAAGUGCUUCAUAAAAGAAAAAGAUGCCAGCCAGUGCUUAGAGCUUGGGCCUAAUAUUGCCCUAUCUCGCAAAAUAUACCCAAUGGCACAUGCUGAACAGAAAAAAUAUCUACCAGGCUGUCCAAUCAAGUCCCAUCAUUUUGUAAGACCAAAAACCGAACCAGAAUGUUGAAAAUAUUAAAAUACCUACUACUGUUCGUGUAAUGAAUAUUCCUUUAUUACUAGAAAAAAUGUACGAAUUUUUAUUGAAGACUUAGAUAAUUUUACUGAAGUUUCAGUUGGAGUUCAGUAAAUUAGUUCUUAAGUUAAAUAGAGACAAACCUGGUGUGAUAGUAA